CGAUGACGUAACGUGCAGGGCGUGCUUACGUUCACUGCCAAGCCACGAAACUGCAGACAGACUUGAUUGCAUGUAUUUAUUGCAUUCCCUUUAAUAACGGGAUAACUUUGUCUAGUUUCCUCUUCAUCAUUGUCUUAAAAUAUGUCUUCACUUGAUGUAACCGUAUUUCCAAAGGACUUUGCGUGGGGAGCUGCGACUGCUGCUUAUCAAAUAGAAGGAGGCUGGAAUAUGGAUGGUAGAGGUGCCAGCAUAUGGGACACAUUCUCUCACAUCAAAGGACGGGUGUUUGAAGACCAUAAUGGAGAUGUAGCCUGUAACAGCUAUCAGCUCUGGAAAGAGGACCUGAAAUGUAUCCAACAGCUUGGUCUUACCCAUUACCGUCUGUCCAUAUCCUGGUCACGGCUCCUUCCCGAUGGAACCACAAAUCAUGUCAAUCCAAAAGGUGUGGCGUAUUAUAACGAAGUGAUCGACGACUUGAUUGCUUGUGAUGUGACGCCCAUGAUCACAUUGUACCACUUAGACUUACCUCAGGCCUUACAGGAUCUUGGUGGAUGGAACUCGGCAGAUAUUGCAGACAUCUUUGAAAGUUAUGCCAGGUUUUGCUUUAAGACCUUUGGGGACAGAGUGAAGCUCUGGGUCACACUGAACGAGCCCUAUAUUUGUGCCAAGCUGGGUCAUGAGGAUGGCAUCUUUGCCCCUGGGAUCAAAGAUCCAGGAAUAUCAGUCUACUUGGUGGGACAUAACAUGCUGCGUGCACACACCAAAGCCUGGCAUACUUAUAAUACUCAUUUCAGGCCUUUACAAGGAGGGCAAGUGUCUCUUGCCCUGAACAGUGACUGGGCAGAGCCGUUGAACCCAGACUGUCCUAAAGAUGCUGCAGCCACUGAGCGCUACAAGGACUUCACUCUGGGCUGGUUUGCUUGUCCUGUGUUUUGCACAGGAGAUUACCCAGAGUCCAUGAGAUUCAGGAUUGAGAAUAGGAGCUUGGAUCUGGGAUACAAGCAGGGCUCUCGGCUACCACACUUCUCAAAGGAAGAGCCCACUCCUUUGGGCACAGCGGAUUUCUUUGCACUAAACUAUUACACCUCUCGGAAAGUCAAAGAUCUAAGUAGUGCUGAUAAGAACAACAAGCUCAGUUUUGCGGGGGAUCUGGGGGCAGAGGGGGUUGUUGACCCGUCAUGGCCCAUAUGUGGGGUUCAGUGGUUGGCUGUUGUUCCUGAUGGAUUGCGGAAAUUGCUGAAAUAUAUAAAG